CCCCCCAAAAAAAACGCGAGAACCCCAGCAAAACACAACACCCAUCUCUCUCCAGACUCCAGUAGGCGCACGCAAAGCGUCCCCUGCGACGGUCCAGAGGCCCGACGCCGCUCGCGCUCGGGUGCCGUCCCCUCCCCGCCGCAGCCGUCCCCCUCCCCUCCCCUUCCGCCGCCUACGCUCCUUGCGCGGCCGUAACGUCCGCCGCCUGAACCGCGGGGUGCGCGGCAGGGUCGGGAGGGCGGCGGCAUCGAGCUAGCUAGGGUUCCCCAUGGACGGCGGCGAGAGGACGUUCAAGGCGAACUUCACCGGCGAGGGGGUGGCGCUGCUGCGGGACCGCGUCAAGGAGAAGCUCAGGGAGCUCAUGGGCGACUACUCCGACGACACACUCGCGGAGUAUGUUGUGGUGUUGCUCAGGAAUGGAAGGCACAGGGAUGAGGCUGCAAAGGAGCUGCAGGUUUUUUUGGGCGAUGACAAUGAUGCAUUUGUAUCCUGGUUAUGGGAUCACCUCUCCUCAAAUUUGCACCUUUAUGUGCAACCUAAAGCUGUCACUACUAAUGAUGACGCUAAAAGCACUCACAGUACUGCUAGAGGAUUGCCUGUUCGCAGUUUGACUAGCACUAUACAGACCAAUUGUGAACCUGAAGCUGAAACCCAAAAGACAAUGAGAACUCAUCAGAAAAGAGAGUGGGGACUAGUAGUUCGAGAACAAUCAGAGGCAGUUCCCCUUCGGAGUGUUAUAGCCAAUGUUCCACAUGCAGAGGAAAAAGUUUUGAAUGGGUCACAUGCAGAGGAAAAGGCUUUUCAUAAAUCACAUGCUGUAAGACGAACCAGCUCUCCUGACAUGCAUAAUCACAAAAAGAGAAGCAGAGAGGCAGAUGCACGAUCAACCAAGAGGGCAUCCCACCCAGUUAUUGGUGCACCACGCCGGCUUCUUCAGUUUGCUGUUCGUGAUGCUGUCAGAACUGUGCAGCCAAUGACCCCUAGAUCAGAAUCAGCUUCCAAGCGACUUCGUUCUGUAGUGUCUACCUUGGCAUCAGAUUCCACGCUUGAUGUUACUCAUGUUAGGUUACAGAAAACAAAUUCAGAUGUGAGAGUACCAGGUGCCACAACAGCAUUAAGAGCUGCAGCUGAGGCUGCUGAAGAUGUUCUUAAGGACAGCUUUUCUGGGAGUGUGUUUAAUAGGUUGGGUGGAGUGCCCACAAUAAAUUCUACUGAAGAAUCACUUGCUCUUAGAGAACGAGAUCCAGAAAGUGGAGAAUAUGAUAAUAUAGAUAACAUCCGAGCAGAAAAUCAGGUUGAAUUUCAUGAAAGAAAUCAGUAUGGUGGCAGUUAUGCUUACAUGUAUGAUCAGGAAACAGAGGAAGCUGCUGGUUCUCUUCCAAAUAUUGGUGAGUAUGAUAACACCCGCACAGUUAAGUAUAAUGGUUUGGGUUCUCGCCGAAGUACAUUGCCUUCUAGUGGAGGGAAAGAGUCAUUAGUAGUGGGGUAUGUACGAGGAGCUGCUGAAGUAAGAAGCAGAAGAUUGAUAGCUCAGGGGACACAUGCUGGUUCAGGACCAAGACCAUCUGAAAAGAUCUUAAAUAUUUCUUCUAACACUGGUACAAGGAAACUUCCAACCCAUGAAGCAAGGGAUGCUGUUACAUUUGAGCCUCAAGUACCUAUGGAGAAGAAAGGUGCUGAUGCAAGGAAGUCAAAUGUGACUAUCACGCAUGUUAAUGAUACGACUGUGACUGAUAAGUCCAAAGAUUUGAUACAUUCAAGUUCUAUGGUGGAGGUACAGAAGGCUUCAUCACUUGCUGUUGGAUCAUACACUACAGGUCAGCCUGAAGGUGGCACUGAUUCUAGAACUGUCUUUGUUAGCAAUGUACAUUUUGGUGCAUCGAAAGAUGCUCUUUCCCGUCAUUUCAAUAAGUUUGGGGCUAUCCUAAAGACCCUUAUUGUGACUGAUGGUGUCACUGGUCAGCCAACAGGCUCAGCGUACAUUGAGUUCUUGCACAAAGAAUCAGCAGAGCAGGCAUUAACUCUGAAUGGCACAUCUUUUAUGUCACGCAUUUUGAAGGUCAUUCGAAGAAGCUCUAUUGAAGUGCCCCAACUGCCUGGCUGGCCCCGUGCUUCUCGAGGAUCACCAUUUGCUUCAAGGCUCAUAAGAACUGCAUACCCAAGGCCAACGUUUCCUGGUGCUAUCCGUGGGCGACUACCACUCAGAGGUGGUGCCCGGAGUUUACAAUGGAAGCGUGAUGCAGCUGAUUCCCCUGAUGCCGGAAAACCUAGUCCAACCACACCUGCAACUCCUGUGAAUCAGUUGCUAACCCCAACCACACGAAGCUUCACCUACACACGCACUGAGCCAAAACCUAAUGAUGGUGCGAUGGUUUGAUUGCUCAGCCGCGCAGCAUGCCACGGCUCCUUAUGUAUCUUGCAGAAAUAGUUCGUGAUUGAUGCUGUUUCUCGGUUCAGCCUCUUUUGGUAAAUAUUAAGUAGUUGAAGAUCUUAGUUAGUAGCAUGCUGGUUUUUGUGGACCACAAAUUUGAGCCAUAUUCUGUGAGAGGUUUCCUGUGCUUUUUUCCCAUCGGCACACAUGCUGCGUUGACUGGCUGUUGGAGGUUUGUCGAGGAAAAUACAAAAAAAGAGUAAAUGAUAGGCUAAUGCGAUAGGAACACUCAAACAUUUGUUAUUAUUGAUAGAUUAUUCGGCCUCCAUGGUUUCCCUGUCAAAUGAUGCGUUCAUGUCCAAACCUUUAGUUUAAGUAACGUGCUUAUGCUUAUUUC